AAGGUUCACGAUUACGCCGUAACUUUAGAAUUCUCCGAACAAGUGGACGCUGAUAAAGCCAAAGAUAUUUCGACAGACAGGGUCAUUACCUACCGGAUUCCCAAAAAGGAGGCCAAAACCUGGACCUAUUUCCUCAAAAACAAGACGAAACCACACUGGUUGAAAGUAGACUUUGCUCACUGGGUUGAUGUGGAUGAUUCGGACUCCGAGGCGGAGGGCUUCGGCGGAGAUGGCCGAAAUUUCCAAGACAUGCUUUCCAUGAUGGGCAAUAACAAAGAUUUCGAAGACGACGAAAAUGAUGCUGAUGUGGAUUCUGAUGACGAAGACCUUCCCGACUUAGAUGAGCCUUCGAAGGUUGCAAACGGUGAUUCCGCUCCCGUCGUAGAAUCUUCGGACGCACCGGCGAAGGAUGCCGCUCCAGUUGCGAAGUCGACGGACUCAUCGGCCAAGGAUGCCGACUCUGCUAAAGCACAAUCGAAAGAGGAGGCCGCUUCUGUCGCAGCAGCCGAGGCAUAA